UAUGUCGACGAGCUUUUGAAUAAGGAAAUUAUUCCAAUGCAUAGCGGCAACGACGGGGAAGCAAUUGUUGCUGCUCCUGGUGGUGACGAUUGUAGAACCCCACCUUUCAGACGAAAAACAUUCAAAAACAAGUUUUUGAACUUCGUGCGGUUCAGUUCUGUGAUCAACGAUGCUGCGGAAUCGUUCUUCAAGAGCGAGAUAAGGAGGAGAUUGUUCGUGACUGCCGUGCUGAUUGUGGUUAGUCGUAUUGGUUAUUUCAUUCCUCUUCCUGGAUUUGACAGAAGGUUGAUACCGCAAGACUUCCUUAGCUUUGCCUCUGGAAGUGUUGAUGAACUUGGCGACUUCUCCUACGAGCUCAAGUUAUCUCUUUUCCAGCUUGGAAUUAGUCCCCAGAUAUUUGCGUCUAUUAUUAUGCAGGUACUGUGUCAUGUUAUUCCUUCUCUAGUAAAGCUCCGCAAAGAAGGUUUGGAUGGACACGAGAAGAUUAAGAGUUAUAUAUGGUGGAUGUCAUUUGGCUUUGCAAUUUUGGAAGCUUUUAUAAUAUCUUGCCACUCGCUUCCAUAUUCAAUCUAUGCCGCCAGCCAAUGCGUCAAACAUGUAUUGGUGACAACCUGUUUGUUGGUUUGCGGUGCAAUGACUAUUACAUGGAUCUGUGACACUAUAUCAGAAUCUGGAUUUGGUCAAGGUUCAUCUCUCAUCAUAUGUGUGGGAAUACUCACGGGUUACGUGGAGACACUACACAAAAUGAUCACUCAGCUUUCCGUGAAUGGUCUGGGUGGUGUGACUUGGUGCCAAUAUCUGCUUGCAGUGUUGGGUAUUUUCACCAUAGUUACUAUGUGGGCAGUUGUGGUAACUGAAAGUUGCAGGAAAGUAAAGCUUCAGUACUAUGGUUUCAAACUUGCUUCUGCUGCAAGGGAGCAAUCACCAAUUACUGAAGUCGAACCGUAUAUUCCUUUCAAUAUUAAUCCAUCUGGAAUGCAACCUGUUCUUACUACCUCUUACCUCUUAGCAUUUCCAAGUAUUCUAGCCAGUCUGCUUCAAUCACGUUUCUGGGAGCACGUAAAGGAGAUAUUGAACCCUGAAAAUUCUGUUGGUGCUGAGCCAUGGGUUUACUAUUCAAUAUAUGCUCUUUUUGUCUUCCUAUUCAAUAUAUUUGAUAUUGCUAACCUGCCAAAGGAAAUUGCUGAUUACUUAAAUAAGAUGGGUGCAAGAAUACCAAACAUAAAGCCUGGAAAGGCUACUAUAGAAUACCUAAUAAAGAUUCAGGCAUCCACACGAUUUUGGGGGGGACUGCUGUUAAGUGUAUUGGCCACUACAUCUACUAUUCUUGAUCACCAUUUACGGCGCAUCAAUGCUGGAUUUGCUAUUGGUUUUACCUCAGUUCUAAUUAUUGUUGGUUCCCUUAUCGAACUUAGAAGAUCAUAUCAAGCAUAUAAUGUGAUGCCAAGCUUAAGCAAUGCUUUGAAACGUUAUGGCGUAUAGCAUCUCUAAAGGCCAUGCUGUCAUACUUCUGCACCAUUCUAUUUAAUACCUCGAGGAUAAUCCUUCGCUCUCUGUUGGUAAGUCGUAUGAAUUUCCAGGAAGCUUGUAUUUCUGAGUUAUACAAGUAUAGCUUGUGGAUCAUACCGUGAGGUCAAGUAGCAUACAAGGUGCUAAAUGCUGCGACUAAAAGUUGAUAAGUGGCAGUAGCUGAUUCAAACGCCUUUUUUUUUCUCUCUUUUUAAUUUAUUUAAUAUACUGUGUGAAAAAGUUUGUUUGCUGCGAAACCGUGGCUAAUAUAGUUGCUGCUGCUGCAGCUGAACUUUGUACAGGGAAGUAUACUAGUAGCAAUAUAUUUUAGAAUACUAAUUGGGAGGCAUGUCUUACUACAUUUGAAGGUAAUUUACUCUUACAA